CAUGUUCGCGUUCAUGUUCUUAUAUAACCGGUAGCAUACAACAGCACGCGAUGUGAUUUUUUUUGUGGUUCCGUGACGCAUAUUGACUCAUCCAGAAUUUCUGGUAAAAAACGUUUUUUUGCUAUCUCUGUGAAUUGACAUGAUAACUAAUUAUUAGUGGCAGUAAUUAAUUAGAGUGGUGGUUAAAAAAUACAUUUAACAAAGUGAUAAUGUAUCUAGGAUGUCUAAUUUACCGAAACUUAAACAAACUAACGGACAAACGGGCACGAAGCCAAAAUCAAAAUUGGCUCGAUUGACAUCUUCACGAUUUUCCCCUAAGAAACAACAAACUGUGCCAUCAACAUCAGCUUUAGAAGUUUCAAAUUCACUUCCAGUCCAAGUCACAUCCUCGCUAUUGACAGCGUCACCGAAACGUUCGCCAAGACAUAGUAAUAAUAAUAAUAAUAGUAACAAUAAUAAUCAAGACGCGGGUGGUACUCAAGUGGGCGCCAAGUCUGUAACUUUCGAACAAGACUUUCAUCAGCAGCCACCCGAGGAAAUGGGUCUUGUUUAUGGACCUAUGUCUAUGUUUAUUAACACCGAAGAACCAGUAAUAUCUUUCUUAGAAUUUGAGUCACUGUACAAUCUCGAGAAAGAAUUGAGUCAGGCGCGAAAAGAUCCAAUCGCCGAAUUGGACGAAAAGUGUAUUUUCGGCGGGUGGUUCGGAACGCGACAAGGUGUCUACACAGAAUUGCCUGAUCCUUGUAGAAAUGUUGAGUGGAUUGCCAGUCGAGGUCAAACAUAUUCUCAGCAUCCUCCUUCCAGUCAAGUGCCCACCGAAGGAUUCAGCUUCGCGCCUGGAUGGGCAUUGAAUCCCGAGCAUUUUUACCAGUGGCAGCAGCGCGGAAAAUCUAUCCAGCAGAUCUACACAGACUGGGCGAAUCAUUACCUCGAGCGAGGUGGAUGCAAAAGAAGAGUCACUGACCUCCAGGCAGAUCUCUGCGACGGAGUCCUUCUUGCCGAUCUCAUCGAGUCCGUCACGAAUCAGAAGGUGAUAGACAUAAACCGAAAACCGAAGAGCGCUCAACAAAUGGUGGAAAACGUGAGUUUAUGCGUGGGUGCGCUUCGUGUCCUCGGCGCUGAUGUGGGUGCUGUCAAUCCCGGGGAACUGUCAACCGGCACCUCUCUGAGACCCGUUCUCGCACUACUGUUCGCUUUAUCCAGGCACAAACAGCGGGCUAAGCAGCUUCAAGACAUGCCGAGACUACCAUCGCCGUACAACAAACAGACAGCCGCAGGGGGUGGUUCGACAAGCAUCCCCUUGCCUGCCACCGUCACUGCGACAAGAAGAUGCCCUCCGGACAAGGUCAGGCCAGUCGCUGCCCCCACACAUCAAACACAGCUCAGUGGAUUAAAACACGGUAAUGGUGGGAUCGCAAGUGCCAGUAGUUCGCGUAGUACGAGCCCGAGUCAACAGCCACCGCAAGGAUUGUCCUUCAUUCCACAACCGCGAACGCAAAAUACAAACCGACAGCCCACGGCUACGACACCCAGCCCGAGAACAUCAACAGUUGGUCGACCUAGUGGAGUUCUGAGAGCGCCGCAGUCUUCGCCGUACGCUGCACCACCGGCACCAGCUCCGGUGCAGCAGAACAAGAACUCAGUGUUGGACAAAUUCAAAUUAUUUAAUAACAAAGACAAGAACCAGGACAAAGGAAAAACGUCAUCGGGAGUGUCCAAGCGUACGUCCAGUUCGUCAGGAUUUUCUUCGGCGCGUUCCGAGCACUCGGACAGCUCGACCUCGCUGUGCGACCAGAGCAAGAAUUUAGCCGAGUCGCCGAAGACCAAGACCCUCAAGUCUAAACUCCAGUCGAAACAGUCCACCAAGCAGUCGAGUCCCAAGUCGGGGCGAAAAGAUCAAACUAAAGCGCAGACUAAAAUCGUACGGAAAGGUGCCGAGAAAUUAACAUAUCCGCCUAUAGAAGAUGCCAAGUCGAGCAUUAAGAUUGCGAAUAUCAAUGCAAAUAAAAUUACAGCAGACAAACGCCCGAAUAACUUGGAACCGUUGAAGCAACAGCAAUUGGGGACGCAGAAAUUCAAUUCCGCGUUAAUCCCGCCGGGGCACCAGAAGCCGACAAUACAAGAAACUAAAAUAGUUAAUAAAGUAGAGCAAAAGUCAAUACAGAGGCCGAAAAUGGAGCUACCGAGCAAGAUAACUGACCCAAAGAUACACUCGCCGAGUCUCAAAGUUCCACUUAACGGUUUAAAUAAAGAUGUGAUAACUGGGAAAACAUUUACGACAUGCAAUGGACUGAUCAGAUCUCCCAGUCUCGGCAGCUCUCCGAUCCACGAGAGUUCACUCGACAAGACACUCAGCAUGAACCAGGCGAACGCAAACCUAACUGAUGACAAAAUAAUGGAGAUACAGAGAAUUGAUAAUAAUUUAGACACUGACUUAAGCAACAAAAAGACUGAUCUAGAGACUAUAGAUAUUUGUAAACAAUCAUCAAUUGAAAACAAUCAUAUCAGCGACAAGUGCGAUGACAUGGACAUAAAUAACGACGAGUCUUCCAAUCCAAUCACCGCCAAAGUUCAUAUCAGCGAAAAAACGGGCAGUCCAGUCGGCCACCAAGAAAUACUGAGCCCACAUAAGUCUGGCAGCAACGUGAGUCCGUUUCCCGGGCCAAAUCCACCUGGACAAACAGCUCCGGGUCUCAGCCCGGGCUCGAGUAUUCCCAAGCCGAUGGCUUUAGUUAAAGGCACGACAAAGCCACCGAAAGAACCGUCUAUGCCAACAAUACCAGCUGCGAUGAAAUUAAAAGCGGACUCACUGCAUCGUAAACUGGAUCCAAACACCGUCGCGAUGGUGUCUCCCAUGCCAAGCAUAUCAGACCUCAUGUCCGAGAGCUCGCACAGCAACUCCAACAGCACAGGACAGAGUAAUUCCAGUGAUAGCAGUGUUAUCUAUCGACCGAGCAGCGAGAGCGGAAGUGAGAUUAAAACAAUUCCUAACAGGAAAAUCGAUACCACGUUCGAGCAAAUAGAGAAGGUGAGCAAACCGGUGUUAUCGGAUAGCUGCGGUGGCAAUGUAGCAGAUGACGACACGGAAAUGACUGUGAAACCGAUGCAGCCGUUGCUGCGCGGGUACACACCAGGUGCUCGGUGUCUCCAAACACUUCCCAGCCGCACGACUGGUCGUCAGUACACAAUCCUGCACUCGUCCUCUCAUCACCAUGUCGCCCAAGAUUAUUCCGACAUUGACAUUGCGUCGGGAUACUUGAGCGAUGGGGAAAUCCUCAGAGGGGGAAUGAAUAUCACCAGUCGUAGUACGGUAUCGGAUUUAUGCGAUGGUUAUAUGUCUGAAGGUGGCGCAUCUCUAUAUUCUCGGAGGAUCAAUCCGUCUUAUGGUCACGAUCAUGAUAGGUACGUGAGCAGCUCGAGACGGGAGUUAUCGGGGGUUAAAGAACUUGUGAGCACGAGGAGGGUGCAAAAGAAUAGCCGGCAUCCGACGUCAAAUAUAACACGAGAUGGAUCAACAAUCGGGUGUGAUGGAGUCGGCGGAAUUACAGUCGGACUUUUAGGAGGUUGCAGUGGCGGAAACGACGCCCUGGCCGAGCUCACGAUCGAGGACCUGGCAGCUAUUCCCUCUGGUAAUCACGGUUCUCAUCACACGGGGCAUCCGUCUCACCAUAAGAGGGUGCCAGGAGGCAGUGUCGUCGUGGGGGGUGGCGUCGGCAGUGGCUCAGCCACCCCCCAAACACAACAGGCUAACAACCUAGUGUAUCGUGUGGUCAGCUCUCGUCAUCAGGGACAUCCCCAUGUAAAAAAGUCUGACAGCUCCCAGCAGACUGAAAGCACCGCAUUCAAACAUCAGCAGCAGCAGCAGCAUCAACAGCAGCAGCAGCAGCAACAGCAGCAACAACAACAGCAGCAGCAAAAUAAUUGCUCUCCAAAUAAUAGUAAUUCCAAUAGUCAACAAUGGAAAAAAUAUAUAGAAGCUGGUGCUGCACGAGACAGGGAACGAGACAAGGAGGGAGCGCCAUCGAGUCCUAGUCCCUCUAGACGAUCGCAGGACAAACACAGAAAACAGGCCAUGGCUGAGUACACUAACGGAGAAAAGCCGCAGAAAGUUUCAUCUGGCACGUCGACGAGCAGUAGUAGCAAGGUCAGAGGAGUACCACAGAGCUUCGGAUACGUCAAGAGACACAGCGCUGGUACCAGUCCCAGUCCCAAUGGAGUCCAGAAUGGGAAAGACGCCACGAGGACUGCACAAGUCAGUGCCGUGCCACGUACUAAGGUUAAAGUUUCCGGCGGGACUCAGACGUGCACCACUGAGCUCCAAGCCAACUCGGUUGCGAACCAAGGUCACCAUUACAAGAGCUACAGUCUCACUGGGCCAAGUGCGAGCCAGUUGUCCCAAUCAGUCAGAGACAGACUGAUGCUGGGGUCGCAGAGUUUACCCAAACCCGGAAGCCCAGAGUUCACUGCUCUGUUCGCGUCUGCUCAUCACCGCGACCGCGGAGGCAAUCCCGGUCCAGCCACCGCGGGCUUCACUCCCCGGGUUCUGAAACCCUCUGACGGCAGCCUCAGUGACACCUGCAGCAAUUACGCUGCGCCGGAUAUACAGAGUUACUAUGCACCGAAUAGUCCGUACGCGACUUCUUGGAUGAGACACAGCAACACGUAUACGCCCAGUGGAAGAUCUCAAGGCAUGGGACUCUGCGAGGCAGAUAGCGUCGAAUCAUUAGGAUCUCAUAGAACCAGUUUGAGCCACGCGCGAUUACUGAUGCACCAGCGAGACUCGAGUGGGUCGCCGGCACCUCCGCGGUUAAAUAGAAGCAAUUCUAUCAGCCAUCUGCGGGACAGGACAUUCCCAAGAUCGACAAAGAGCGAGAAAAUGUACCCGUCAAUGCUAACUCGCGGUAGCGGGGCAUCUUCAUCAGUCGGCGAGGAAGUUGGCAUUGGGAUCGGAGUCGGCGGCGAACCCUACUAUAGUGUACCAGUCGGCUCGGCAGGAUGUGCUGGGCAACAUUGGUCGCAACCUACGUCCCCGACACCCACUCACGCCUCCAGACAGCCGCCUAAUCUUUAUCAGCACGUCCAUAAAGACGAUGACAUUCAUGGUUCCUCAGUUUCCUUGGUAUCAACUGCAAGUAGUCUCUACAGCUCUGCCGAAGAAAAACAGGCUCACGAGCUGAGAAAAUUACGUCGCGAGCUGCUUGACGCCCAGGAAAAAGUUCACUCGCUGACCAGCCAACUGUCAACUAACGCCCACGUCGUGUCAGCCUUCGAGCAGAGUCUGUCGAACAUGACCCAAAGGCUCCAGCAGCUCACAGCGACCGCCGAGAAAAAGGAUUCCGAGCUGCAAGAAUUACGUGACACAAUAGAGCGACUCCGAAAACAAAGUGCCGAGGCUGGUUUGAAUAACGGCACGUCACCAAACGGCCGUAGACAUACACUAGGAGACUCGGACUCAGGGACAACGGGUUGCACCGGAGGUUUCAGUAACCACCAUCAGGGCUCAUCAAUUGCACGACAACUUUCAGCAGACAGCGUGACUUCGCUAAACUCUUUGAGCAGCGCGUGCUCAGUCAGCAGUCAUCACAAAAAGAAAGGCUGGCUCCGCAGUUCCUUCUCCAAGGCGUUCUCUAGGUCACGUAAGAACCGUCACGGCUCAGUGUCCGAUGCCGAGGACUGCAAAGACCCUGGAGCCCGGAUCGGGGGCGAACUCAGUGCACCAAAUAGUCCGCGAUUGCCCACGGCAGCCAAGCACGAUAAAAAUAAUCAUGACAAUCAAGGACAGAAGGUCAAUGGACAACAAAAGUCACCAGAGCAUGAGAAUUCCAUGUCUGUGAGUAAGAGCAGCUCGGCUUUAUAUAAAAAGGACAACAAUAAAGAAGAUGAAGACGUUGAUGAGCUGAAGAAACAAUUAAGAGAAAAGGAUAUGGUGCUAACGGACAUUAGACUCGAGGCAUUGUCUUCAGCUCAUCAAUUGGAAUCACUCAAGGAUACUGUUAUUAAAAUGCGCAACGAAAUGCUGAACUUGAAGCAGAAUAAUGAGCGGCUCCAGCGUCUGGUGACAUCAAAGUCCUUGACGUCAUCUCAGUCAUCGCUCCCAAGCGAUCCGGAGCGUCGGUUUAGCAUGACGGAAGUUGUUUCGAGUGUGGCUGCGCUGGCUAACGGUGAUCACGGGUCUGCUGACCAGCUGGAGGACAUCAGUGUCCCUGAGCACCCGAUCGUGCCGACGACGCGCUCGUAUUGUCCGUCGACGACCGCGGAGCCGGUGAUCGAGCAGGAGACUGACGGGAAGCGAAUCCACGUCGCGGUGUAUCUUGGCAGCGAGAACAGCUUUAAUUUGAAUCUCAUAAGCGGGAACGGGGACGGGAUCGCGGGGGGCGAGCCACCGCACUGCGUGAUUGCGAGUGUCUGUAUUUCGAACAAGACAACGUGGGAUUCGUUGGACUCAACAGUGAGGCGCUGCUUCAAAGAAUACGUGUCGCGAGUUGACCCGGUUACUAAUCUUGGACUGGGAGUUGAAUGCGUGGCUUCUUAUCACUUGGGAGAGGCGUCAAGAUGCACGUCGGACUCGCAGCAUCCGGAGCUUUUGCCCUGCGGAUACUUGAUCGGUCAUGUCAAGACUAUUUACCUGGUGCUCAGUGGGUACUCGUGGCUCGCAAUAGACACUCUGAUCCCCCGGUCAAUAGUCCAGCGGCUGAUAAAUCUUCUGACUGAACACCGUCGCGUUAUUCUCUGCGGGCCCAGCGGCACUGGCAAGAGUUAUCUCGCCGGGAAACUCGCUCACGCGCUUGUAGACUCCGAUUCCGAGACCAAAGACGCUGCUGCGGUCGCGACAUUUAAUGUCGACCACAAGUCCAGCAAAGAAUUGCGCCAAUACUUGGCCCACAUUGCCGAGCGUUGUGAUUCAAACGCCGCUGACGAAUUGCCCCGAGUUAUUAUUCUCGAGAACUUACAGCACGCGGCUUCGUUGGGUGAAUUAUUUAGCGGUCUGCUAGGAACUCGUCAUCUAUCUUGUCCAGCAAUAAUUGGUACCAUGAGCCAAGCAACUUGCAGCACCACAAACCUACAGCUGCACCACAAUUUCCGCUGGGUUUUGUGCGCAAAUCACAUGGAGCCAGUAAAAGGAUUCCUGGGUCGUUAUUUAAGACGCAAAUUACUCGAGCACGAGUUACGCGAAGCUGAUGGAUCAAGAAACGCUGAGAUGGCCGCAGUCGUCGAGUGGCUGCCACGUGUAUGGCUGCAUUUAAAUAAAUUUUUAGAGACUCACAGCAGCUCGGACGUGACAAUUGGCCCGCGGUUAUUUUUGUCAUGCCCAAUGCAAGUCGCGGGCUCUCAGGUUUGGUUCACUGACUUGUGGAACUACUCAGUUAUUCCGUAUCUAGUGGAAGCCGUCAGAGAAGGUCUGACUCUCUAUGGAAGACGUGCCAGUGGGAAUGGUAACACUGACGGUGCCUGGGAAGAUCCGGCCCAAUUUAUCGUCACAAGUUACCCCUGGAUUUCGACCCAUGCCGUUCAUGGUGGUAGCGAUGCUCUCUUGCGUCUUAGACCCGAAGACGUCGGCUAUGAUGUCGUUAAUUCAGGCCACGGUGCAGGAGUUGGUGCUUCUAGUGUUAAGAGUCUUGGCAGCGCGCACAGUGACACCGAAGGCGAUCCACUUUUGAAUAUGCUCAUGAGACUACAGGAAGCAGCCAAUUACUCAAGUCCGCACAGCAACGACAGCGACUCAGUGACUUCCCUAGACUCUUCUCACACUCGACACUCAGAAGAUCUCAAUACUUCGACAUCUUCAAGAGGAGUCGAGUCCGCGCUGUAAGAUUUGACCGGAAAAAAUAUUUUUAAAAGAAAUAAAAUUUGAAUACCAGGGCAAUAAAAAUUUAAAUAUCAAGACCUUGCCAUCUUUUUUAUCAACGUCAGUAAUAAAAUUAUUUUUUGUCAACCGACGGUUUGCUAAAUUUAUACAACUUUUAUAUUAAAUUUAACAAGACGUAUUUAUUAUUUUUAAUACUUUAAUACUGAAUUUAAAUUAAUAUGAUAUUUAUAAAUUAUUAAACGGUCUAACAAUGGCGAUAAUUUAACCGUAGGAAGCAUCAAUAUACAAUGCAAUAAAUAAGGUUACGUGUCAAUAUAUUUUAAUUAAUUCAAUCGAUAUAUAAAUUUAAUAAUAGUAAAUAAUAAUAAUAAUAAUAAAAAUAUAUUGAUGGCUAUACAAUGAAAGAUUGAUAGUUGAGGUGAAAGUGAUUAAUUUUUUUUUAAUAAAUCAAGUAUACAGUAUUAAUCAAGAGUACUUGAUCAUCUCGACAUAGAUUUUAUUAAUUAUUAUUAUUUUUAAUAAUAAUAAUAAUUAAUUAACGAUCAAAGGUUCAAUACAACUGGUGAUAUCUGAAUAAUUUAAAAUAGUAAGAGAAAAAUAAAUAAAUAUAAAAUUGUCCCAGUGAGAGAUUGAACCUCGGGUUCGACGGUUUCCAGUUUUUACCCCCACUCUGGGUGAAAAUCUCCCACUUUCCUAUACGCAUGCGCAGUUUAAAAAAGCUGGGGAGUGGGAGAGACCCGAAGCUCAGUCUCUCCCUGGGAGAAGUUCAAACCAG